AUGCAUUUUAACUAUCUCUAUAGGAAGGUUUCAACUCAUCUGCGGGGCUCAAAAAAGGUAGCGACGUCCUCUUCAAGUGUAAUUAAGGCUAUCUCUCUUCUCGGAAAAGCCACCAAGCAAACCUCUCUCACUGGCGGACUGAUAGCAGCCUCUCCUGCAAGGUCCAGGCGUGGAUUGACCAGCAGGGGCCGUGUUAGGAGGAGCCGGAUUGCUUCCGGCAUCUCCCGUUUUCCACCCACUUCACCAGAAACUCCUGUCUCUUCCUUGUCCUCCAUAGUUAUCCAGGAUACGGGUGGUCUGCCCCUCACUCUUUCUCCAGUCAUUUCUCCUAUUUCCGGCCGAGUUGAACCAAAGACUCAUCCAUCAUCACCCGUUCGUUCGUCUGUCCGUGGUGGGCACCACGAUUCAAUACGUAAGGCAGCUCACAAUGUCUCUGAUCAACUUGAUAUCGAAAUGAAUUCGCCUAGUAAGGUGAAAAAAACUGGCCUACAUAGCUCUAUUCAAGUGGUGCAGCCCAUUCCCGGCAAGUGGUUAAGUCCGACUAGAUCUAUACUCCCUCAUGAACCACCAGUCCCCCAAGAUUUGACUCCUGCCUCCUCGAUUCCCUCCACUAAGCGACGAACGCGCCCUACUAUUGGCAGCCCAAACAGAACCACUUUUGGUAUACAAAGGAGGGUUACAAUGAGUACCAGAAGUCGAGUUAUUUCCCCACCUUCAGCCUCCUCUUCUUAUUCUCCUUCUAAGCAGACCUCGCCACUGCUGAGCCCGCCAAGGUCAGAUAAGACUAAGGCAGCAUCAACUGAUCAUACUGACUCUCCUUCAUUAAUACAGCUUAGGAGCUCAGUAAAACGAGCUCAUUCAGCAUCUUCACCCAGCAAAAAUAUUAGUCCCUUCAAGCGUCGCAAAAAGCUGAUUACCUCUCUUGUGCCCGCUCUAUCGACUUCGAACUCCGCUUCCGCCAGCUCACAAACAACUAGAGAACUAUCACCUUUACUCACUAAACAAAAAAAACACUCUCCUUUUUCACAAACACAUACACCUCAGUCUCGCAAAUCUCUCCCAAUAUCAUCCCCGCGAUCUCUUGUCAAUGGUGACGCUGCUAUUGAUAGGGAUCGCCAUUUUAAGCGGUCUAUUCAAGCUAAUCGUGAGACUCCGUCUGUACAGUCUCCAGCAAUUUCCUCGAUUACCAGCAAAACUAUCUCACUCGCCUCUCCCGCCCCGGAUCCAGCAUUCUCACGCCUGCGCCGGCGAAGCCAGCUAGCCUCAUCUGAGGCUGUUACAGAGCCGAAUAUUUCAUCACAUUCCUCUUCGUCGCGCCGCCGCACAAAUUAUGCGCGCCCAUCCACUGUAGGUGAAACUCGACCUAACGCACUGACUAGUCCAACAGACCGCAUUUCGCGGGCUUCGCGUCAUGCAGCCGUAACCACAUCCGUUCCUAUAUCUGUUGCACCUAACACUUCUGCCGUUUUGCGGUCUGGCCAUAUCAAGUCCAUAUCACCAUCACAAUCUUCAAAUUCUUCGGGUAGACCAACAACACGAGCGGAUAGAAAAUCCAAUAGUGGCACAAGGCCUUUGAUGAACCUACGGUAA